UCUCUAUUUUUUUGCUUUUAAUGUAUUUUCUUGUGGAUAACACACAACUGGGCUUUGUUUGUUUUUGAAAUCCACUCUGACAAUCUCUCUUUUAAUUGGUGUAAUCAGGUUAUUCACAUUUAAAGUGGUUAUUGAUAGAGUUGGAUUAAUAUCUACAAUGUUUGUAACUGUUUUGUAUGUGUCUCAGUUGACUUUCAUAUCUAAUUUUGAAUUUGUAAUUUCAUAUUCUUUGUCUUAAAGAGAACGCUUGUAGACCCCUUAAAAUCUGGAGACGCCCCCUACCUUGCACACAUUUUACCGGUAUGUGACGGUAGAAAAGCUGCAUAGCAGUCUUGGCAGGCGGGGCAGGAGGGACGCAGGGAUUCACAGAUGCGACUGUGCAACGCACAGAUGCACUGGGUCUUUGCCUGGUGGGUUCAAAGCCUCCAGACGCUGACAAACGCUGCAGCCAAUGAGUGGGUUCCCAUAGUCCGAUAUGGAGGGCAAGGGGCGGGACUCCCUCCUGCCUCUCGCUGGCUGGGUUCAGAGUCUCCGCGAAGAGACUGCGUUGGGCCCAGAGUGGGCGUGGCUUACGUGUCCGCCGGCUUUCCUGGCAGGCCUGGCAGGGGGGCCAGGUUGCCAUGACGACCGCGGCUAGGUCGAUGCAGACUCGGUUGGUGACUCCGGGCGCGUCGAAGAUCGUGUACCUGUCGUUCGCAGUGGCUCAGUUUCCCAGUAAUCCAUAAGAACAGCAGGGAUGACAGGGUCCCAUGUCGGUUUUUGGUUCGAAUUCCUCGACUGGAGACCCUCUGCCCGGCAGGCUGCACUGCGCCCCGCGCACUGACUCCGGCCUCUGCGGGAGCCCCCUGGCCGGCUCCGGGGUGGGGAGGGGGCUUUGCAGAUCCCCAGAAAACCGCCCGGCGAGCCACGAGCCCGCUUCCUCGUGGGGUGUUCACUUUGUGUCAGUGUGUUGAUUUGCCGCCAGUUAGAAGCAUCUUAAAAAGGGGCCGGGGGCCAUAGGAGGGGGGCUUAUCUGAAGGAGGCUCUGGGCUUGCCGAUCCACGCAGCGGUUUGUCGCGAGGCUGCGGGGGAACGGCCCACGGCCGCGGUAACAGGGCUUCGUCUUCUUUGCAGAGCCAUGGGCAGCAGGAAGAAGGAAAUUGCCCUGCAGUUGUUGAUGUCUAUCAAGGCUGGUGUGGCCCCUGCAAACCUGUGGUGAGCCUGUUCCAGAAGAUGAGGAUCGAGGUCGGCCUGGACCUUCUGCACUUUGCAUUAGCAGAGGCAGAUCGUCUUGAUGUCCUCGAAAAAUACCGAGGGAAGUGCGAGCCAACCUUUCUGUUUUAUGCAAUUAAAGAUGAGGCUCUUUCUGAUGAAGAUGAAUGUGUUUCCCAUGGAAAGAACAAUGGUGAAGAUGAGGACAUGGUUUCAUCAGAGAGGACCUGUACCUUGGCCAUCAUUAAACCAGAUGCAGUGGCCCACGGAAAGACCAAUGAGAUUAUCAUGAAGAUUCAGGAAGCUGGGUUUGAAAUUCUAACAAAUGAAGAGAGAACCAUGACAGAGGCAGAAAUGCGACUUUUCUACCAACACAGAGCUGGAGAGGAGGCAUUUGAGAAGCUGGUACAUCACAUGUGCAGUGGACCAAGCCACCUCCUGAUCCUUACCAGGACUGAGGGCUUCGAAGACGUGGUCACUAGCUGGCGAACCGUCAUGGGCCCCUGUGACCCCAAUGUGGCCAGGAGGGAGCAGCCUGAAAGUCUCCGAGCUCAGUACGGCACAGAAAUGCCCUUUAAUGCCGUCCACGGAAGCCGGGACAGAGAAGAUGCUGACAGAGAACUGGCAUUGCUCUUCCCCAGUUUGAAAUUUUCAGACAAAGAUACAGAAGCCCCUCAGGGCGGUGAGGCUGAAGCAACAGAGGGGCCCACUGAGGCGCUUUGCUUUCCCGAGGAUGUGGAUUGAGAUGGCUGUGCUGCUCUUCCGGAGCACGUGACCAGGGGUCUACUGCACAAAACGGACCUCCAGAAUCGGAACUUACUCUUUUGAGUACCAAUACUUUUUGGUUUAGCUGUCUUUUGUAGACAAUGGAAAUAAUACGGCUGGGCGCAGUGGCUCAUGCCUGUAAUUCCAGCACUUUGGGAGGCCAAGGCAGGUGGAUCACUUAAGGUCAGGAGUUCGAGACCAGCCUGCCCUACAUGGUGAAACCCUGUCCCUACUAAAAA